GGAAGAGUCAGAAUUGUAAACACAGGGAUAUGGCUGACGACAGGGGUGGAGGCGAGGACAAUAUUAACGAUAACAUGGGGAACCAGUUACAAGUUUUACCAGAUAAUGAGGAAGAGGAGGAGGAAAAUGACAUGGAGACUGAAGACCGAGAUAGUGAAGAGGCAGAGAAGCCCAACAUAAUUACGUUUGACCCCAGUCUUCCCACAUCACAUUCUUAUUUGGGUUCAGACAUGGAGGAAUUUCACGGCCGAACAGUCCAUGAUGAUGACAGUUGUCAGACAAUUCCUGUGCUGCCACUCACGGCUGUGAUGCUGGUGCCAGGCCAGACACUUCCUCUACAGCUCUUCAUGCCACAAGAGGUCAGCAUGAUGAGGACCGUCAUUCAGAAGGAUCGCACCUUUGCAGUGCUCGCACACAGUGAUGCAGGUGAGACAGAGGCAGAGUUUGGAACGACAGCUGAAAUCUAUGCAUACCGGGAAGAACACGAGUAUGGCAUUGAAACAGUCAAAGUGAAAGCUGUGGGGAGGCAGAGAUUCAAGGUCCAUGAGAUAAGAACUCAAGCAGAUGGGAUCAGACAAGCCAAAGUACAGAUCCUUCCUGAACGAAUCCUUCCAGAUCCUCUCUCUGCCGUGCAGCUAACACCUCUGUCCAGGCUCCACAUGCACCCAUCCUCCAAACCCCCCACGCAGACCUGCAAACAGGCCCAGUGCUGGUGGAAUAACUACCAACAGAGGAAGUUUCACUGUGCCAGUCUGACAUCAUGGCCACCUUGGGUCUAUGCGCUCUAUGACUCUGAGUCGCUCAUGAACAGAGUGAAGAAACAGCUCCACGAAUGGGACGAGAAUCUGAGGGAUGACUCUCUCCCUACGAACGUCGUAGACUUUUCCUACAGAGUGGCGGCCUGUCUGCCUAUAGACAACGCUCUGCGCCUUCAGCUGCUGAAAAUAGGUAGUGCCAUCCAGAGACUCCGCUGUGAACUGGACAUCAUGGACCGGUGCACGUCACUGUGCUGUAAGCAGUGCCAGGACACAGAAAUCACCACGAAGAACGAGAUCUUCAGCUUGUCUCUGUAUGGCCCCAUGGCAGCAUAUGUCAACCCUCACGGUUACGUCCAUGAAACCCUGACCGUCUACAAAGCCAACAAUCUCAACCUGCUCGGCAGACCAUCCACACUACACAGCUGGUUUCCCGGGUACGCCUGGACAAUUGCGCAGUGCCGAAACUGCAGAUCUCACAUGGGUUGGAAGUUCACAGCCACCCAGAAGGACUUGUCUCCACCUCGUUUCUGGGGUCUGACCCGGUCUGCUAUGCUUCCUCGUAUUCCCCAGGGAGAGGGGGAGGAGGGGAGGGAGGGCUCUCGCCUUUUCUGCCUGUGACUAUCCGUCUGCUACACCACCCUGAGCCUAAAUCUUUUGCCACUCUCUCUCGCUGCAAUUACUUGUAGUAAUGAUUGCAUCUCACACCUCCCGUCACCCCUGGCAGCAAAUCCAUCAUAUUCUCAAAAAGGUCAGUUGGCCUUUAAAUGGCACUCUACGAGCAAACCAGAAACAGGACGGAGGCAACAAUUGUUCUCAAAAUGUGGAGGCAGUGGUGAACACUGUGAUAAAGUGAGAAGGUAAUGAAGAACAGCAGAUAGAAGAGAUUGAUUAUUUGUCAUGUGGAAACAUCUCAGCAUGCUGCUCCCCUCUUUUCCUGUGGUAGUUACACAUACAGAAACACAAAAGCUACGCUUACUGUCUAAUUUCCUCCUUAUACUGGAGAGUGUGACUGCAUGUUAGUUGGGAUCAUCAUUAGCUAACGGCGAUAGCAAUCAUCGAUUUGUUGUGAAAACCAUCCUAUCAACAAGCAGUUAAUCCACAUAGCUCUCAUAUCCAUUUGUGGUUUCUCAGGUGUGUUUCCUGUAAUUUCAGCUGUCAUGUGUCAGUGGAGGAAGCUGUUUGAAUAACGGUGCACUUGUGUACGUGUCGAUCUGUCAUGAAAGGCCUGAGAUAUUUGGACUCUUGGAAUUGAUUGGAUGUAUUUGGAAACAUUUAUUCCGCAUACGCAUUCAUGUGUGGAGACACUGCUGUUUUUAUCAUCACUGGUUUUUACGUAAUUCACAAAACAAUAAUGAUAAUGUGUCUUAUAGUAGAUAUGAUCGGUGUCAGAUUUGUCUUCAACUUAAGCUCAUUUUAUUGUCAGGUGAUGUGAAUCAGGAACUGAGAUUUAUCUCUGGUAAAAGUCUGAGAUGUUUUGGUUUCUCGUGGCAGACUGUUUUGUUUCAAGACUUGGAGGGAGAAGUGCUUACCCUUCUUUGUUGAUUUUGUUUUAUAUUGUUGAAGUGCUGUGCCGAUGCUCCAGUGUCCUGAUGUGAAUGAGAGGCUGGUGAAGAGAUUUUGAUUUAAGUUAUGUUUUUCAGGCUUCUUAUUGGUUUGCAGGAUUCUCAGACUUUGUUGGGAUUUUAUUUUGAGACUUUGUUGCAAAGUCCAGGCAAAUGUGUGCAUACAUUCUACUGUCAAUCAAGUCUAAGAGAACUGUGGGACAAUAAUCUUGGCAUCAGAAAACAGCUGAAGGUGCCGGUGUGUCUACUUAGGGGGAUUUUGACAUUUGUUCUGAAACAAAAAGUUUGACUUUUAGUUAAAGCUGUCUCAGAGGGAAUUAAAUUAGAAUAUUUCCAUUCAUAUCUUCAGGACAAAUAUGAAACUCUUUGCCAUAAACCUAUUUCACCACAUCUGUCUUCAUUAAAGCCACGUUUCUUUCCAAAAAUUUAUUUUUUGGUUUUUUCUUUAUUUAAAAAGGAACCAUUUACACCGCCGAUAAUGACAUAAACACAGUGUGGUUUUGAGUUGUACUGACACGUCAUGAAAAUAUAAAUUGACUUCCACUUUAUGAAAUCAGCAUCUCACCUUUUUCAAAUGAUUUAUUUCCCAUCUUCAACCCUGAUGUUGUAUCAUUACAUUAUUUUUGCCUCAGUAAAAUCUGGUGUAACCCUCUUUUGAUUAUAUUCUGUCAUAUCAGUGAAUUGGGUGUUCAAUAGACUUGUAUCCACUCAAACAUUAAAAGAGAUGCUUCACAUAA